CGUUCCUCCAAGCAGGAAGUAGCAGAGAACCCAAACAUUUGACCAGUGACAGUAAGCGACAAAAGCACGCCUGUGUGUAGUUGCUGAACGCAUAUCCUUAAUAAUCAAAGAUGUCCAGGAAGGUUAAGGAGGAGUAUUAUCGGUUCUUUUCCGUGACCGAUACACGCACCCACGAGAAAGGACAUACGGAAUACAAAGUUAUGGCGAGGUUUGUGUCAAAGAGAAGACCUGAAGAUGUGAAGGAGGUGGUGGUGUGGCGUAGGUACUCCGAACUGAAGAAGCUGCACGGGGAGCUAGCCUACACCCAUAGGAACCUUUUCCGACGGCAAGAGGAGUUUCCCCCCUUCCCCCGCGCACAAGUUUUUGGGCGGUUUGAUGAAGCGGUCAUUCAGGAAAGGAUGAAGGCUGCUGAGGCCAUGCUGCUUUUCACCACCAAUAUCCCAGCACUGUACAAUAGCCCUCAGCUUAAAGAGUUUUUCAGGGUCAGCCUCUCUCUCUCGCUCUCGCUCUCUCAGGAGGACACCAAUGAGGGAGGUGAGGUGACCCGGCCGCUGGACCCCCCGGUCGUCUCCUCCACCGAUCUCCCUCCCCCUCUCAUCCCGCUGCCCAAGGGCUCGUCCACGCUGCAGGCUGAGGAGGAGCAGGGCCGCGAGGCGCCCCUGCUGCCCCAGGAGCUGGACUCAGACGUGGGCUCGGAGGGGGACGAACCCGAGGUCGGGCUGGAGGCCUACGGGGAGAUGGAGAGCAGCUCGCUCCCGCCUUCCCCACCUUCCCCGGCCAAGGAGGUGACACAAACGCGCGCAGUGUCACCGGAGAACAACGGAACAGAAGAACCACCACCUGCCAGAGAUACCUCUCCCGCACCCCCGGCCUCCACCACAGAGAAGCCUGAUGAAUCUCAGGAGGAAUUUGAUUUGCUCUUUGACACGGCAGGGGAGGGGCCUGUAGACAACGCCCCACCCCCUCCUCUCUCUGACACUGACCUGGCUAUCUUUGAUCCAUGUGCCAAAGAAGACCAACCUCACGGCUCGUUUGACAACUCCGAGCUGCUCUCCACAGCUGUUGCCAAUGAGAGCGGCAAAUCGGCCGGGGAGGCGGGAUACCUGGCCCAGGCGGCCAAUGAGUUGAACGCUGCCCUGGAGAAGGAGAAGGAAGGGGACUACGGUGCGGCCAUCCUUCAAUACAGAACAGCGGUCGAUAUUCUGAUCAAAGGUGUACACGGAGACCCAGACCCCCAGCGCAGGGACUCUGUGAAAAGGCGAACCGCUCAGUACCUGCAGCACGCAGAGACGUUGCUCAACCUGCACUCCCCCACACACACUCCCACACACACUCAGCACCAGAGCACAUAGAGCCGCUCCACACACACACACACACACACACACACACACACACACACACUCAGCAACAGAACACAUAGACCCACUUCUCUGCAGACCCCACUUACAACUGUGGCACUUGAACAAACACACACACACACAAACACUAUCUCACAUGCACCUACAAACAGACAGACACACACACACACUUUCUCACACACAAAUACUGUAGAUGUUCUAUGUGCCGACUCCAUUAUUUCAAACACAGCCACCUAAAUAUAGCUUGUAAACACUGUUAUGUAGCCACUAAUGGGACCAUUGGCACACAUGUGUUUAGAUUUAAACCAAAAAAAAAAACACCCUUUUUUUUUUCUAUGAAAACAAUUUUCACACACACAAACCACAUAUGAUGGAUGGACACAGCUAGAUUAAUCAACCGCCAUUAGAUCAAAAUUACACACAAACACUAAAACACACACACACACACAGAGAGAGAGAGAGAGAGAAAGCUCACACAACUUAAACGUCUUUACACUCACAAGUCACUGCACACCCUUCAGAUUAUCCAUGGUACGUUGUGCUCCUCCACCGAAGUGCGUCCACCCACACCCGAUGACUCCUACUCCCCAUGCGCUCAGUGCCUCUUCAACACACCUACGGACACUCACGCCACCUAUUCCACGGCAUAAAUAUCACUAUGCAGACACUUUAAAGCACAAGUGGGUGGACUCCUUGUGUACAAAGAAGGACUUGACUGGAAAAGAGUAUUUUAAAAACUGAAAUCUACUGUGACCUACAUACUCUAAAAAUCAAAAAGCCUUAACGAGUAUCCUUUCAGCUUCUGUAUUUAUCUAAACUUUAAUUUAUAUUCACUUUUGAAAUUUUACACGCAUGUAUGAUGGCAUUGUAAAUAAUGUUUUGUUUCUAUGUUGUAAGGUAUUUUGUACAUAAGAGAAAUAGACUGGAAUGAUCAAAG